AUGUCUGAUUCGGACUCCGAUUCCGAUUCGUUGUCCUCCGUGGGCAUUCCUUCUGAUGAUGUCCUCGAGAAAGGCCUGCGCGACACCGUGGCGGCCAUAUUCAAGAAGGGAAACCUGGAGCAAUUGACGGUGAAGCGCGUCCGGGCUGCGACGGAGAAAGCGCUGACUCUAGACGAGGGAUUCUAUAAGAAUGACGAGGUUUGGAAGGCUAAGAGUGACCGGAUAAUUAAACAGGAAGCAGAGAAACAAGAGGAAUUGGCCGCUGAGAAGGAGAAAAAGAAGCCAACCCCAGCGCCUCCAAAACGGGUACCUCCUCUGAAACCCAAGGAGCCUAAGCGCGCUUCGAGCGCAUCACAACCUGCUAGAAAAAGACGGCGAACUGCUACUCCAUCAGAAUCCGAGGAAGAUCUAUCAUCACCUCCAAGCGAAGAGAGUGAGGAAGAGGAAGACGAAGACGAAGAAGCACCCAGUUCUCGAAGGCGGGCACCGCCAGCGAAGAAGGGUUCUAAACCAGUAAAGCAAGCGCCCAAGCCCAAGCCAGCACCAAAGACAGACACAUCAUCAGACCUUUCCGACGUGCCAGAUGAAUCCGACAAGACAUCAGAAAGAGCGUCAUCGAGGGAAGCUAGCCCAAUGCGUAAACCUAGCGACACCAAGCACGACGAAUCAGAAAGCGACAUGUCCGUUGUCAUCGACGACGAACCACCACCGAAAUCCAAACGUCGCAAGUCAUCCGAGCCCUCACAGCAAGAGAAAUCCAAGAAAUCUUCGAAACCAGCUAGCGGCGGUAGCAGGAAACCCAAGGACGUAGCUGAUGCGGAUCCAGACCUGGCGGAAAUCAAGAAGCUACAGGGCCAGCUUGUAAAGUGUGGGAUUCGCAAGAUGUGGUUUCGCGAACUAGCUCCGUACGAUACACCGCGAGCAAAGGUGAAGCAUCUCCGCCAAAUGUUGAAGGACGCGGGUAUGGAAGGGCGGUUCUCGCUUGAGAAGGCUAAGGCGAUCAGGGAGGCGAGGGAGUUGCAGGCUGAUCUUGAGGUUGUGCGUGAGGGUGCGAAGAGGUGGGGGACGAAAGUUUCCGAUGAGGAAGCGGGGAAUGGUGCACGUCCACGAAGACGGGUUGCGAGGGACUUUCAAGCUCUUAGUUUCCUUGAGGAUGAGGACGGAGAGGAGACAGAUUGA